AGUGCAGGAACCAGGAAAGGGCGCCGGGGAGGCCAAAUUGGAGCCAAACACUUGGGGCAAACGAUAUACCCGUAUUGACGUGCAGGCGCUUGCUUUGAUUUAAUCCAUAUAAUCGCCAUGUCUCCGCAUUCCUUGCCUUGAGGAUGUGUAAACCUUGUUGCUGCCUCUUCGUGACCAGCCAUAGGGAUUCGACGAAGUAGGAGACCAGUCCGUCAGUAUCUGCAAAGAUGUCUACCGAUAUCGAGAACAGAGGCCCACAGCUUCUUAGUGUCGAUAUUGUUUUUAUGACUCUGGCUAUCAUUACAACACUGCUUAGAUGUUACGUUCGAUUGUUCAUGGUUAAGUCAUGGGGAAUCGAUGACUGGUUCAUGGUUCUGGCAUCGACUGCGUUCAGCUUGUUUGCUUCAUUCUCUAUGGCCGGUGUACACUAUGGAACCGGCCGCCACUUUGCAGACCUCACUGAGAGCGACGCUGCAUCUGCCAUGAAGUGCUGGUUUUUUUGUUAUCUCUUCUAUGCGUGCUGCAUGAUCGCUUCGAAAAUGUCCAUCGGUUGCUUUCUGCUCCGUAUCACAGUGAAGAAGGUUCACAUAUGGACCAUAUAUACCGCCAUGCUCUUCUCCGUCCUCGCUGGCAUCGCCUUCUUUCUCGUCACUCUUCUUCAAUGUUCUCCAGUCAAUUUUUUCUGGGAAAGAGUAGGCACCUUCUACGGUAAUCCUCACAAUGGUACAUGUGUUAGCGUUGAGGUUAUCAUUGGACUUGCUGCUCUUUACAGCUCCUUCAGUGUCAUUUCUGACUUCACAUUUGCUAUUCUUCCUGGUUUCCUGCUGUGGGAUCUUCAGAUCGAUCGCAGAAUAAAGUUUACUAUUAUUCCCAUUCUAGCUAUGGGUUGCGUUGCAUCAUCUGCCGUUGUGGCUAGAUUCCCAUAUCUACAUCAGUUCCGUAACUUCGACUUUCUCUAUGCCACCGUUGAUAUCGCGAUCUGGUCCGCCGUCGAGCAAGGUCUUGCCAUAACCGCCGGGUGCCUUGCAACAUUACGACCGUUACUCAAGGAAAUCAGCUAUAGCCUUGGCUGGACCAAGCCCUCGACUGGCUCUGGAGGACCUACGAGCGGUAUGGCUUAUUAUCAGUCGAACACCCACCGCAACGUGAACGCCCGCAGUGGGAACAGGGAUAUAUACGACCUGUCCGAGUUCUCGCAACUUGGCGACGAGGAGGCGGAUAUUGGAAAGCCCAUAAAGGCAGCCAAGCGGGAUGUACGAAUAAGUAUUGCGGGCUUCCGUUCUCCAAAUCUCAAAAAGGCAAUGGAGGCCGAGCGACGCCAGAGCAUGAAAAUCAAGACCGUGUACGAUAAGAGUGAUAGUCAGGAGGAAUUAGCGGGCUAACAAAGCAAGAAAAUUAUUGGACACAGGCUUGUGCGCGAGAGAAAUGCCUGCAGCAUCAGCUUUGAGGGACGAGCGGCGAUGCACAAGGGUUUUGAUAUGAGCGUACGGGCUUUUCUCUCUUUCUCUCUUUUCUCUUUCCACCCCACAAUUCUUGCCUUUCAACUUUGUUUUCCACUGGCCUUGAAAUUGACCUAAUG